UGUUGUUUUGGGUUGCUAAAGAAAAAUGGAGUUCUCAAAAGCUUUUCUUCUUCUUAUCGGCAUUGUCUUGGCCACUGUCCUUCUCACCUCGUCGGAGGUCUUAGCUCGCCAACUUGCUGAAACUGUUCAAAAUCAAGAUAACGCACAUGUACACAAACAACAUGUGCAACAAUAUAGGCACCAACACGAACAUCUGCAGGAGCAGAAGUUCGAGAACAAACAUGACGACGAUUGUAAGGAAGAUCACAAGCGCUACGACGACCAUAAGGAAGAUCACAAGCGCGAGGAUGACCGUAAGGAAGAUCACAAGCGACACGACGGUGGCAAGGACGAUUACAAGUGCGACGAGGACCAUAAAAAAGAUCACAAGCGAGACGAGGAGGGUAAGAAAGAUCACAAGUGCAACGACGACCGUAAGGUAGAUCACAAGCGCGACAACGACCAUAAGCAAGAACACAAGCGCGACGACGACCGUGAGGAAGAUCACAACCGCGACGACGACUGUAAGCAAGAACACAAGCUUGACGACGACCGUAAGGAAGAUCACAAGUGCGACGACGAGUGUAAGGAAGAUCACAAGCGCAAUGACUACCGUAAGGAAGAUCACAAGCACAACCAAAAGGAAGAUAAUAAGCACAGGCACAAAAACGAACGUAAGUGUGAUAAUAAACAUAAUCAUGAUCAUGAUGACAAGCAUGGCAAUUGAGAUGGAUAUGGGAAAAGGCAUCCAUAGUUAUGCAAAUAAAAACUAAAGUUGAAGAUAUAA